GGGAGGCAUCAGGUGUUCAUGCAGAGAGGCCGGGAAGAAGAGAAGCAGCAACCAGAUGAAGAGGCGCGCGCGGCACUACUGAGUUUAUAGCAGUAUGUGUAGUUUAGACUUGAGAAGUGCGGCUGUAGGAGGGAGAUCACUUACGAGUCGUCUGGAGCGGGAUGCAAAGGAAGAGGACAAUGCUGUUGUUCAAGAAACACUGCCAAUAGUUGCUCUUUGGAUCUAUGUAUGAAGGUAAUCUCUGAUUCUGCUGGACCAUGGCUGGCAAGCAAGGGAGGCAGUGGAGGUCCAUGUGCAAAGGCCUGGUGCUGGGUACCCUCCUGACCAGCUGCAUGAUCCUGCUUUACUGCCUCUCCACUCCGCAGAUCCACUUCAGUCUGCCUGAGGUUCCAGUGCCUUACUCCUGUGCCCACCGUCCAUCCCAGCUCCACUCCAAACCAACCACCAACAGCUCACAACAAACCACUGGCCAGACCUGCACUCCUAAAGUGGAUAUCAUGUUCAUGAAGACCCACAAAACAGCCAGCAGCACCUUCCUCAACAUCCUUUUCCGCUUUGGAGAGAAGCACCGGCUCAAAUUUGCCUUCCCUAACAGCAGAAAUGACUUCUUCUAUCCGUCCCUUUUCCAGCGCUCCCAGGUUAAAGACUACAGACCGGGAAUGUGCUUCAAUAUUAUAUGUAAUCACUUGCGCUUCAAUGCGCCUGAGGUAGCCAAGUUGCUACCUAUGGACACUUCCUACAUCACGAUUCUGCGAGACCCCGCAGAGCUUUUUGAGUCAUCCUUCCACUACUUUGGCCGGCUCGUGCCUUUUACCUGGAAGAUACCAGGUGAUGAGAAGCUGACUGAGUUUCUGCGUGAGCCCCAUUACUACUUUGAUCCAGAGGGCUUCAACUCUUUCUACCUCAAGAAUCUGCUGUUCUUCGACUUUGGUCAGGACAACACUCUGGAGCUGCAUGAUCCACGGGUAGAAGAGGGAAUCAGAUUCAUCACUGACCGUUUUCAGCUGGUCAUGCUGGUGGAAUACUUUGAGGAAUCACUCAUCCUGCUCAAGGAUGCCCUCUGCUGGGAGAUGGACGACGUGCUCUUCUUCAAGCUCAAUGCCCGCAAGGGAUCCACUGUGUCUAAACUCACCCCCGAGCUGAGGACCAGGGCUCUUGAGUGGAACGCUAUUGACUGGAAGCUAUACCAGCAAUUAAACCAGACUUUUUGGAAUAAAGUAGAUGCAUAUGGACGUCGACGGAUGGCUGAGGAUGUGGCAGAGCUCAGGAGAAGGAACGCAGAGAUGGCAUCCAUCUGCAUCGAAGGGGGUCGGGCUGUCGAAGCUGGCAGCAUCCACGAGACAGCCAUGCAGCCCUGGCAGCCCAUCGGAGAGAAGUCCAUCAUGGGCUAUAACCUGAAGAAGAAUGUGGACAAGGCACAUCGGAAGUUGUGCCGAAAGAUGUUGAUGCCAGAGCUUCAGUACUUAACAGAGCUUGGGGUUAACCUGUGGAUCACCAAGCUGUGGGGCCAUGUCAGAGAUAUCAUUAACUGGUGACUAAACGUGUGAGCAAGAGGGGCCAAUUCAAGUCUGACAGACUGUAUUAGAAGAAGAAGCAUCUGACUGGGCGGCUCAAUCUACAAGUAUUGAACAAGUUUGCUUCACGCAGAUGAGGCCUAGUAUUGUUCUUUAUGUUUGUAAGUCCAUUUUCAAAAAUGUAAAUGUUCUUAUUCUCAGAUGUGAAGUUGUUCUAAUAGAGUAUAGGAGUGAACUAUUAAGUUCAGGACUAAUUUUAUGAGCCUGUUAAUAGAAUAAAGACAACAAUUGAUAUUAACAGAUAUGAUACAAUUAAGGUUGUUUGAAGAAAGAAUAGCACUAAAUAUUGUCAACCCUUUGAUGUGCAUCCCCCAAAGUUGAAAUAUUUCAGUUCAAAGAGACUGAAAGCCCAUUAAGGGCUAAAACACAGAUGUGCAAAUAGUGAAUGUAAGUAUUAUAUCCCACUUUACUGUCUAUGGAGGACAAAAUCAGACAUCAUUUUAAAAACAGGUGAACAAAUAGAGACCUUUUCACUUAACAGGGAAAACACAGGUGCAACUAAUAAUAUUGACAAUUGCUUUGUUCCCAGAGCUGUUACAUCUAAAUCAGAUGUAGCCAUCGUUAUUAUUAUGAAAUACACCUGUACUUUACCUGUAGCGACAUCUCAAAAGGUCUCUCAUGAAAAAGGUCUGAUAAAUAAUAUGCAAAGAAAUCAAUAAAUUAAAAAGUGAGUAGGCAAUCAAGAGGACAUUGUUUUCCAUAUUCAUUUAUUUUUCUUAUCAGUUUUAGCAUAUGUUGAAUUAUUUGCUAUAUUCUCUUUUCUUCUGAUACCACAAUGUUAAUCCUAAUAGCAUUCACCGUUGCCAGGUGUUUUGGGAGGUACAUUGAUGAUGUGGUGGGACUUUGUAGCAUAGUGAGCAAAAAGAAAAUUCAUCGUCAGCCAAGGAAGAUAAAUCCUAUCUAGAAAGGCACUAUGACAAUGACUAACAGGUUAAACUCCACCUAGAUGUGUCUACACUGCCUCAGAAUCAUAGCCUGCAGAAGUAAAGGGAAUUAAAUUGUUUGUGUUAAUGCACUGUAUUACUCAUGUAUUUCUUAAUUUGU